UUUAGACUUGUAAUCUAAGCCUAAAACAUGGAUACAUUCACUCUUGCUCUUUCCCUAUUCAUCCUCAUCUCACUUUUGUUCUCCACCUUGAAGAUGUACAAGAAACGUCUAUGUUUACCACCAGGCCCAACUCCAUUACCUCUGGUUGGAAAUCUUCUACAAGGCAGCACAAUACUCUAUGACACUUAUGGCAAGUUCACUGAGCAAUAUGGGCCAAUAUUCACUGUAUGGAACGGAACAUCACCAGCGGUUGCCCUCUGUGGUUACGAUGUUUUGAAAGAAGCCUUAGUAAAUUAUGCUAAACUGUUCAGUUAUCGAGGAUCUAUACCGAUAUCCGAGAGACUGAUGAAUGGUUGUGGUAUUGUAACCACAAACGGUGAAUUGUGGCAACAAACACGCAGAUUUGCAGUGGCAUCCUUGAGAAAUUCAGGACUGGGAACCAGAACAAUCGAUCAAAGAAUACAAGAGGAGGCUUCACAUCUUUUACAAGCUGUAAAAGAUAUAAAUGGUCAAGCGUUUAAUCCUCAAACUCUUCUUGGACGUGCAGUUAACAAUGUAAUCAACUUGGCCAUGUUUGGAAAACGUUGGGACUACAAGGAUAAGCAAUUCCUGAGCUUUCUCAAGAUCAUAGACAACCUCUUUCUAUUCUUCCGUUCUCCUCUAGGAGUGAUGUAUGCAUCAUUUCCGAUGUUAAUGAGGUACCUGCCUGGACCUCACCAAAAGAAAUUUAAUGAUACCGUGGAGGUGAAAUCUUUAAUCAAGGAACAAAUUGUCUCACACAUGGAGACACUGGAUAUGGAGUCUCCUCGGGAUUUUAUUGACUGUUUCCUCAUCCAGAUGAAGAAGGUGAAUUUGCUCCAGGGAAAUGUAUUUUCCAUUGAAAAUCUGAUGAGUACAAUGUUUGAAUUGUUCCUAGUUGGAACUGAAACCACAGCUAACACCCUUUAUUUCUCCCUUCUGGUUAUGAUAAAGUAUCCACAAAUCCAAGAUAGAAUACAGCAAGAGAUUGAUACAGUUAUUGGGACUGAUCGCUUACCUAAACUGGCAGACCGCAUUGAAAUGCCUUACACAAACGCUGUGAUGCAUGAGAUUAUGAGGUUCAUAGACCUAGUACCAAUGGGCCUACCUCAUCAAAUAAUGGAAGAUAUAACCUUCCGAGGAUUCAACAUUCCCAAAGGCACUACAAUUAUCCCAAUGCUUGCUUCUGCAUUAUCUGAUCCUGCCCACUGGGAGAAACCAGAUGAAUUUUAUCCAGGUCACUUUUUGGACAAGAAUGGACAAUUCUGCAUUAACGAUGCAUUUAUUCCAUUUUCAGCAGGAAAAAGGAUAUGUCCAGGGGAAGCGUUUGCUCGAACAGAAAUCUUCCUGUUUGUCACAUCUCUGCUCCAGAAUUUCACAUUACGAGCUGUAAAUCACCCAGACACCUUUAACUUGAAGACACUGAGGAGAACAUUCAGAAAACAAGGACUCCUAUACAACUUGAAGGCCUUUCCUAGAGGCAGAGCAAAUGAGAGAUGCAGUGGAGAGUCAAGUGUAACAAAAAAAGAAGUAUAAAUCCAAAUGACGGGCAAGGAGGGAGACUGUAAAAUGGAGAUUAAAAAA